UGGAACCUCGCGUUCGCUGUCGCAUCUGCCGUUGUGCUUGCCGUCACCGUGACGGAGAGGCCCAACGUUCCUGUUAGGGUUUGGGUUGCGGGGUACGCGGUGCAGUGUGGGGUCCACGUGGCGCUAGUUUGGACGGAGUAUCGUCGGCGGAGGAGUAGGAGGAGGGAAGGGGAUCGGGAAAGAGGGGAUUCGGAUGGGGUUGAUAGCGAGGAGGAUGGAGAUGAUGGGGGAGUUCAAUCGAAUGCUCGUUCGAGUUUUUCGAAACGUUGCGAGUCGGUUAAUACAAUUGCAUCUUUUGUCUGGUGGAUAAUUGGAUUUUACUGGGUGAUCUCUGGUGGUGAAGAUCUCCUGCAGGAUGCUCCUAGACUCUACUGGUUGACUGUAGUUUUUCUGGCAUUUGAUGUAUUCUUUGCCAUCUUUUGUGUGGCGUUGGCCUGUGUGAUUGGUAUUGCACUUUGCUGUUGCUUGCCUUGUAUUAUUGCAAUUCUUUAUGCUGUUGCAGGCGAGGAAGGUGCUUCCGAUGCAGAUAUCAGCAUCCUUCCAAGAUAUAGAUAUGCUGAGCCUCGCGGCGAUGGGGAAAAACUGUCAGUAGAAGGGACAAUGAUCCCUCUUACAAGUAACAGUGAAAGUUCAUCAGACGAACGGGUUCUUUUACAGGAGGAUGCGGAAUGCUGUAUUUGCAUCACACCGUACGAAAAUGGUGUGGAACUCCAUUCACUUCCCUGCAACCAUCAUUUUCAUUCUUCAUGCAUCGUGAAAUGGUUGCGGAUCAAUGCUACCUGCCCUCUUUGCAAGUACAACAUUCUUAAGGGCAACGAUUGUGUGUGAUGAACUAAAUAUUGUCUGUUUAAGCUUGUGUCUCAUCUUCUAAUUAACAUGUAUCCAACUUUCAACACUGCGGCUGGUGAUGUUUAGUGUAUAGGCAAAGUUAAGAGGUUCAAAUGUACAUGGAGUCUAUACAAAAGAUAGCUUGCUCUCUUCAGCGUGUGGUUGAUGUAUUAAUUUUUUGUAUUUGGUUUGGUGUUGUAUCUACUUAGAAUAGAUGGAAAAGGUUUAGCAAACAACAUCCGGUGUUGCAAGUGCAUCUCUAGUUUUAUGCUUCUGGUUUGAUGUA